CGCAUCCUCGCCCAUGCAUGGAUAAAGAUAGGGUAUAUAAGAAGGCAGUAUAUCUCCUGGUUUGGCUGAAAGGACCCCCACCCGAACCACACAUCACACUCAUACAUUACAUCCGCAACACCGAUUACUCGCCGAUAUCGUUCCUGUGCCGCCCAUCACUGCCGCUCGUCAUCUUUUACUUGCCGCAAUACUUCCAUUGUAUUUUUGCCACAUCACCAAUCGCUCUACUACUAUAACAUCACUAUGUCCACUGCCUCUUCAUCCAAGCGCUCUAGCAAGCUCUUCAGCCGGCUCCUAGGGCGUUCCGGUCGGGCGGCCUCUCCGCCACCGCCUCCUCCUUCCUACGACACCAGCGCCUCCCCGGGAACAGCUGUACCACCCAUGGCCAAGGGCUUUAGAUCCUCGUAUGUUGCUCCCAGGGGUGAUGAAGAUCCCCUAGAGCUGUUAAAAGAAUAUGAUACAGUCUUUCUCGUGGACGACAGCGGGUCUAUGGGUGGGAGCAGAUGGAAGGAAGCGUGCAAGGCGAUCAUGGAAGUUGCCGACAUUGCUGCUCGGUACGAUGAGGAUGGUAUCGAUGUCUACUUUUUGAACAGCAAGCGGUACGGGGUUGGUCUUUCCACUACCAGCCAGGUUGCGGAACUUUUCAGGAGCUUGGAGCCUAAGGGAAUGACGCCCACAGCGGCAAGGCUUGAUGUACUUCUAAGGGAAUACAUGGGGCGCCUGGAAGCUCAGAAUGCUGGCAGCACGCCCGGGGAAGCAGAGGAAGUCAAGCCGAUCAACCUAAUCGUGAUCACCGACGGAGCACCCAGUGAUGAUCCCGCCAGCGUGAUUGUAGCUGCAGCCAAGCGUCUUGACAAGGGCGAAUACCCUCUCUCUCAAGUCGGCAUCCAGUUCCUGCAGAUCGGCAACGACCCCAAUGCUGCCGCUGCCCUCGAAGAGCUCGAUGACGAGCUGGGCCCCAAGCAUGGUAUCAGAGAUAUUGUGGAUACCGUGCCGUUCAAGGGAAAGGCUAUGAAUGCCGAGUUGAUCAUCAAGACUUUAUUGGGAGGUAUCAAUAGGAGGUUGGAUAAGAGGGGUAACUGAGUGAAGAACGGUCUCAGAAUUUGAGGGCAGAAGUCUUGUAUUGCUAGUAUGAUGCUCAAGAUUUAUCUGUAUCUGAGUCCCAAUGUAUAAUAUCGCAGGGAG